GUUGUCAAUUUUACGCUGUCGGCUGUCAAUUGUAUUUGUUGUUAUUACAACAAAAACACCUUUUUUGUAUAAAAAAAAAUCAUAAUUAGUCGUUUUAAUAACCACUUGCGCUACAAAUUACGCAACUAUGUCUAUUGAAAUCGAAUCAGCGGACGUUAUUCGUCUGAUUCAACAAUAUUUAAAAGAAUCAAACCUACUUCGGACGUUGCACACCCUCCAAGAAGAAACGGGUGUUACUUUGAAUACCGUGGACAGUGUGGACGGUUUUUGUGCAGACAUAAAUAACGGCCACUGGGACACAGUUCUGAAAGCAAUCCAGUCUUUGAAACUCCCGGAUAAAAAACUAAUUGAUUUAUACGAACAGAUUGUUCUAGAACUUAUUGAACUACGAGAAUUGGGGGCCGCCCGCUCGUUGCUUAGACAAACGGACCCCAUGAUAAUGAUGAAACAGAACGAGCCGGAACGCUACAUCCACUUAGAAAAUUUACUGGCGCGUUCUUAUUUUGACCCACGAGAGGCAUACCCAGAUGGUAGUAGCAAAGAAAAACGUCGAGCUGCCAUAGCUCACGCCCUUUCAGGCGAAGUUUCCGUGGUGCCGUCGUCCCGUCUUUUGGCUUUAUUGGGACAAGCGCUGAAAUGGCAGCAACAUCAAGGGUUGCUGCCCCCAGGCACCACUAUCGAUUUGUUUAGGGGAAAGGCGGCUAUCAGAGACCAAGAGGACGAACAGUUCCCUACACAAAUGGCCAAACAGAUUAAAUUCGGGCAAAAGUCGCACGUAGAGUGUGCCCGGUUUUCUCCAGAUGGCCAGUAUCUUAUCACUGGGAGCAUUGACGGGAUUAUAGAAGUCUGGAAUUUUACAACAGGGAAAAUUAGGAAGGAUUUGAAAUAUCAAGCACAAGAAAAUUUUAUGAUGAUGGAACACGCAGUCUUGUGUAUGGCUUUCUCCCGGGAUAGCGAAAUGUUGGUUACGGGAUCUCAGACCGGGCGAAUUAAGGUCUGGAGAAUCAGUUCUGGGCAGUGUUUGAGGAAAAUUGAAAAAGCGCACUCUAAAGGAAUUACGUGUUUGCAGUUUUCAAGGGAUAAUAGUCAGGUUUUGAGUGCUUCUUUUGAUCAUUCAAUUAGGUUGCAUGGGUUAAAGUCAGGGAAAAUUCUGAAGGAGUUUAGAGGGCACACGUCGUUUGUUAAUGAAGUCAUUUUUACUCAGGAUGGUCACAACGUUUUGAGUGCUUCCUCUGACGGCACCGUUAAAGUCUGGAGCAUCCGAGCCGCCGAAUGCAUUAACACAUUCAAAACACUGGGGGCGGGAGACAUAACUGUAAACAACAUCCACAACUUUGCCAAAAAUCCAGAACACUUCGUGGUCUGUAACCGCAGCAACACCGUAGUUAUAAUGAAUCUCCAAGGACAGAUUGUGCGGUCAUUUUCAAGCGGUAAGCGAGAAGGGGGCGAUUUUGUGUGUUCAACAGUUUCACCCAGAGGUGACUGGAUUUACUGCGUUGGUGAAGAUUUGGUCCUGUACUGCUUUUCCACAAAUUCUGGAAAAUUAGAAAGAACGCUAAAUAUCCACGAAAAAGACGUAAUUGGCAUUGCACAUCACCCCCACCAGAACUUAAUUUGUUCGUAUAGUGAAGACGGACUUGUGAGACUUUGGAAACCAUAAAUUUUAUAUUUAUAAUAACUAAUAAUUAGUGUAGAUUAAGAAAUAAAGUAAUAAAGAAUAACUAA